AUGAGUUAAAUAAUUUAUUGCUUCAUUAUAUUUUUAUCGACAUUUUUGUUAAUCCAUGCAAUUUAAUUACCUGCUGAAUUUCUUAUAGAUAAUUGCCAAAAAAAUUUUGCUUACUAUAGUGUUGGAGACGUUUAUCUAGGAGACAAUAAUUACACAUCUAUCAUUAAUAAUCAAGAAAUUUUAUUGAUAGCAUCUCUUAAAACAUGUAGAAGCUGUUGUGAACAUGAAAUUUUAUUUGAUCAAAUAAAAAAAAGUUUAACUAAUAGCAGAUAAUUUCAAAAAAUAAAAAUAGCCCGUAUAGAACUUACAUAAAAUAAAAACUUCUAAUAGCAAUUUAAAUAGAUAAAAAGAUUUCCUUUUGUGAUAUACUUUGAUGGUAAAGGAAAUCACCACAUUUAUUAAGAGUUAUUAGAUGUAAAUAGAAUUAAUAGAUUUUUAAAAAGAAUAUAUAAUCCACUCUAGAAAUUCAAUACAUUCUAAAAACUAGAUCAAUAUAUAAACACUAUUGAAUAUGAUUCGGAUAAAAAUUCUAUUGAAAGUGUUAAAGUUAUUGGUUUAUUUUAUGAUGAAGAGGAGAUGGUUUAGGAAAUACAAUAUUUUAUAGAGGUUGCUAAAGAUUUAUUAAGUAGAUCAGAGCUAUAUUUUUGCAUCAUAACGAAUAAAAAUGAAAUUAAAGCAGCCAAAAAUAAAUACCAAGAUAAGUGGUUUGAAGGAGUUUCACUCAACUCAAUCAUUAUCUAAAGAAGUAUAGGAAUAUAUGACAUCAUUGAUUUAAGCGAUGUUAUAGUUGAUAUGAAAAACUUAAAAGCAGAGAUAAUCUCUAAGUCCUUAAGGCUUGUUGAUGAAUUUACACUAGAAAAUUAUGAAUAUUAUUAGCAAGAUAAAAAAAAAUAAAUAUUAGUAGCUGUAGUUGAUUCCAUUUUAGAUGUUACCCAAUCAAAAAAAGUCAUAAGUAUUCUUGAAAGUUUGGCAAAAUAAUUUGUCCACAAAUUACAUAUUACAUGGGUAGAGGGAAAUUUAAAUCCUGAGAAAAGAAAAAUGCUAGGAAUUCCAACCAAGGCCAAGCUCCCAUAGAUAGCUUUUUUCAGAAUAGAUUACCACACUAAAGUUAUUUUUCCUUCUAAUUUGGAGAUUAAUUUUUAAAAUUUGUUUGAGUUUAUCAACGACUACUUAACAUUGCCCUUAAUGGAUGUGCAAAAGAAAUAUAUGAAUUAUGAGUAAAAAAUAAAGUAUCAAAAAGUAAAUAAUAUUUUAACUUCUUUUACUUAGCUAAAGGAGAAAGCUUUUAUUUCAAAGAUCGUUCAAUAUGAAGCGUCUUAGUACAUUUUACUUUAUUAUUUAGAUCUUGAAAGUCUUGUUGAAGGAAAAAUAAAUGAAACUUAAUUGAGAGAAAUAAAUUAAGUUAGCAUUAGAAUAUAGCAGCUAUAUGGAAGUAAUAUUAUCCAGUUCUAUUAUUGCAUUAAAUAAGAGCUUGAAGAAUCAGAAUAAGCCUCAAUAACAAACUAUCUAUCUUAAAUAAAACCUAACACUUUAUAUUUAUAUAUGCAAAAUAAGCCUAUUCCUUUUAAAGGAUAAAUACUUGCUAGAAGUAUUCUACAAUUUAUCAGUAAAAAUACUGCUAAAAGUAAUACCAAACAAAUUAUUUCUUUGCCUAAAUAUCCUGAAAUUUCCGAAGAAAAGCUACUCGACUACAUAAUAAGCGGCAUGCAAAAUAAUUCAGAUUUCUACUGA